CAUAUCACUCGUUGCUCUCUCGCUGCUGCCCUUCUCAGUUCCCUGCCGAUCACAAGAACUGCUAAUGGUUGCAGGACCCCAUUAUACUUCAUGGGGAGCACCACUGCUGGAAAAUGGUGUAUGGCACUGCUGUUUUACAUGGAGCCGAAAAAUCUGCCAUGUAAACAGACAAAAGGCUACUGGAGCCGAUUUGAACUAGUCAUUCGAGGAAGGAAGAGGAGGAGAAGGGAGAGAGAGGUAGUAAUUAUAGAGAAUACAACUAUGAAGAGUAUGAAGAAGGAGAAGAAUCUGAAGAAGAAGAAUCAGAAUCUGAAGAAGAACCUGAAGAAGAAUCUGAAUCUGAAGAAGCUGAAGAAAAAUCUGAAUAAGAAUCUGAAGAAUCAGAAUCUGAAGAAGAAAAAUCAGAAUCUGAAGAAGCUGAAGAAAAAAUUAAAUAAGAAUCUGAAAAAGACGAACCUGAAUAAGAAUCUAAAGAAGAACCAGAAUCUGAAGCUGAAGAAAAAUCUAAAUAAGAAUCUGAAAAAGACGAAUCUGAAGAAUCUGAAAAAGAAUCAAGAAUCAGAAGAAAAAUCUGAAGAAAAAUGAGAAUCUGAAGAAGCUGAAGAACAAAAAUCAGAAUCUGAAGAAGCAGAUAAAUCUAAAUAAGAAUCUGAGGACAAAUCGGAAAAAGACGAAUCUGAAGAAUCAGAAUUUAAAGAAAUAUAAUAUGAAGAAUCUGAAAAAGAAGAAUCUGAAGAAGAAUCUAAAGAAGAGGAAUCUGAAGAAGAAUAACCUGAAGAAGAAUCAGAAUCUGAAGCUGAAGAAGAAAAAUCUGAAUCUGAAGAUGAAUCUAAAGACGAUUCUGAAGAAGAAUCUGAAUAAUCUGAAGAAGAGGAAUCUGAAGAAGAUUAGUCUGAAGAAUAAUCUGAAGAAAAUGAUAAAACUGAAGAAGAAAAAUCUGAAGAAUCUGAAAAUAAUCAGAAUCUGAAGAAGAAUCAGAAUCUGAUGUAGAAAAAUCAGAAGCUGAAGAAAAAUCUGAAGAAGAAUCUGAAGAUGCAUCUGAAAGAAUAAUCUGAAGAAUAUUCUGAAUAAGAAUCAGAACCUGAAGAAGAAUCUGAUGAAGAAUCUGAAGAAUCAUCUGAUGAAUCUGAACAAUAAGAAUCUGAAAAAAAGAGUCUGAAGAAGGAACUGAAGAUGAAGAAUCUGAAGCAGAAGGAUCUGAUGAAGAAUCUGAAGAACCUGAACAAUUUGAAGAAGAAGAAUCUGAUUAAGAAUCUGAAGAAACUGAUGAAGAAACUGAAGAAUCUAAAGAAGAAUCUGAAAAAGAUUCUGAAAAAUAUGAAUAAGAAAAUCCUGAAGAAGCUGAUUAAGAAGAAUCUGAAUUAUAAUUAGAACCUGAAUAAGAAUCUGAAGAAUCCAAAGAAGAAUCUGAAGAAGAAUCUUAAGAAUCUGAUUAAAAAGAAUCAAAAGAAGAAUAUGAAGAAUAAUAUGAAUAAUUUGAAGAGCAAUCUGAAGAAGAAUCAGAAUUUGAAGAAGAAUCUGAAUAAUCUGAAGAGGACUAUGAAGAAAAAAAAUAAUCUGAAGAAUAACCUCAAAAAGAAGAAUGUGAUGAAGAAUCUGAAGAACAAUCUGAUGAAGAAUCUGAAGAAUCAUCUGAAUAAUCUGAACAAGAACAAUCUGAAAAAGAAGAGUCUGAAGAAUCAGAAGAAGGAUCUGAAGAUGAAGAAUCUGAAGCAGAAGGAUCUGAUGAAGAAUCUGAAGAACAAGAAUCUGAUUAAGAAACUGAAGAAUCUGAAUAAGAAAAAUCUGAAGAAUAUGAUUAAGAACAAGAAUCUGAAUAAUAAUACGAACCUGAAGAAGAAUCUGAAGAAUCCAAAGAAAAAUCUGAAGAAGAAUUUUAAGAAUCUGAUUAAAAAGAAGAAUCUGAAGGAGAAUAUGAAUAAUUUGAAGAGGAAUCUGAAGAAGUAGAAUCUGAAGAACCUGAAGAAUCUAAAGAAUAAUCUGAAUAAUCUGAAGGAAAAUCUGAUGAAGAAGAAUCUGAAGAAGAAUCUGAAGAAGAAGAAUCUGAAUAAAAAUAAUCUGAAUUAGAAUAACCUGAAGAAUCAGAAUCUGAAGAAAAAUCUGAAGAAUCUGAAAAAUGUGAAGAAGAAUCUGAAGAGGAAUUUGAAGAAUAAUCUGAAUAAGAAGAAUCUGAAUUAGAAGAAUCAGAUGAAGAAUCUGAAGAAAAAUCAGAAUAUGAAAAAUAAUCUGAAGAAGAAUCCAAAUAAUCUGAAGAAGAAACAGAAUUUGAAGAAGAAUCUGAUGAAGAAUCUGAAGAAUUUGAGUAAAAAUCUGAAGAACAUUCUGAUGAAAAAUAAGAUUCUGAAGAACAGUCUGAUAAAGAAUCUGAUGAAGAAGAAUCUGAUGAAAAAGAUGAUUCUGAAGAAGAAUCUGAAGAAUCUAAAAAGAAGAAUCUAAAGAAGAGGAAUUUGAAGAUGAAGAAUCUAAAGAAGAACCUGAAGAAGAUUCUGAAGAAUCUGAAGAAGAGGAAUUUGAAGAUGAAGAAUCUAAAGAAGAACCUGAAGAAGAUUCUGAAGAAUAUGAAGAAGAAUCUGAAAAAGAAGAAUCUGAAGAAGACUCCGAAUAAGAAGAAUCUGAAGAAGAAUCAGAAACUGAAUAAUCUGAAUAAUAAUCUGAAGAAUAAUAAUCUGAAGAAUCUGAAGAAUCAGAAUCUAAAGAAUCAAGAAUCUGAUGAAGAAUCUUAAUAAUCUGAAGAAGCUGAUGAAGAAUCUGAGGAAGAAUCUGAAGAAUCUGAAUAAGAAUCAGAAUCUGAAGAAUAAUAUUCCAAAGAAUUUGAAGAAGAAUACGAAGAAUCUGAAGAAGAACCUGUAGAAUCUGAAGAAGAGUCUGUAGGAGAAUAUUUCAAAGAAUCUUAAGAAUAAUAUUAUGAAGAAUCUGAUGAAGAAGAAUCUUAAGAAUCUGGUGAAAAAGAAUAAUCUGAAGAAUCUAAAAAGAAUAAUCUGAAUAAGAAGAAUUUUAUGAAAAUGAUAAAGAAUCUAAAGAAGAAUCUGAAGAACCUGUAGAAGAAUCUGAAUAAUAAUUUGAAGAAUCUGAAGAAACUGAUGAAGAAUCUGAAGAAUCAGAAUCUGAAAAAUCUGAAGAAGAAUCAGAAUCUGAAGAAGAAUCUGAAGAAGAAUUUGAAUAAUCUGAAAAAAAGAAUCUGAACAAUCUGAAGAAUAAUCUGAAGAAUUUUAAUAAUCUGAAGAAGAAUCUAAAGAAGAAUCAGAAUCUGAAGAAUCUGAUGAAGAAUCUUAAGAAUAAUCUGAAGAAUUGAAGAAGAAUCUGAAGAAGAUUCUGAAGAAGAACCUGAAGAAUCCAAAAGAAGAAUCUGUAGAAAAAUCUGAAGAUGAAGAAUCUGAAGAAUAAUAUUCCAAAGAAUCUGAAGAAAAUUCUGAAGAACCUGAUGAAGAAUCUGAAUAAUUUGAAGAAGAAUCUGAAGAAUAAUAUUCCAAAGAAUCUGAAGAAAAUUCUGAAGAACCUGAAGAAUCUGAUGAAGAAUCUGAAUAAUUUGAAGAAGAAUCUGAAGAUAAAAAAUCUGAAGAAGAUUUUAAAGAAGAUUCUGAAGAAUCUGAUGAAGAAUCUUAAGAAUCUGAAAAAUAACCUGAAGAAUCUGUAGAAAAAUCUGAAGAAUAAUAUUCCAAAGAAUCUGAAGAAGAUUCUGAAAUCUUGAAGAAUCUGAUGAAGAAUCUGAAGAAUUUGAAGAAGAAUCUGAAGAUGAAGAAGAUUUUAAAGAAGAUUUUGAAGAAUCUGAUGAAGAAUCUUAAGAAUCUGAAAAAUAACCUGAAGAAUCUGUAGAAAAAUCUGAAGAAUAAUAUUCCAAAGAAUCUGAAGAAGAUUCUGAAAUCUUGAAGAAUCUGAUGAAGAAUCUGAAGAAUUUGAAGAAGAAUCUGAAGAUGAAGAAGAUUUUAAAGAAGAUUUUGAAGAAUCUGAAGAAGAACCUGAAGAAUCUGUAGAAAAAUCUGAAGAUGAAGAAUCUGAAGGAUAAUAUUCCAAAGAAUCUGAAGAAUAAUAUUCCAAAGAAUCUGAAGAAGAUUCUGAAGAACCUGAAGAAGAAUCUGAAGAAAAUAAUAUGAAGAAGAAUAUGAAAAAUCUGAAGAAGAAGAAUCUAAAGGAGAGUCUGAAGAAGACGACUGUGGAGGUGAGGGCGUGGUCGAGCGCCCAUCUGGGGAUAGAGGAAGUGGUAAUGAUUUCCAUCUGAGAUGAAUUGUGACUAAUUACCAUCUCUACGUUUGCAGUGAGAGUCAGGGUGAUAAAAGACAGCCAGUCCACAGAGAGAGGGAGAGACAGACCAGAGUCUUCAUGUCUGUUCAGAGAGAGAGAGAGAGAGAGAGAGAGAGAGAGAGAGCUUCCUCCUUUAUCUGCCCAACCCGAACCUUUAUCACAAAGAUGAAUAUGAAGAAGAAGAAGAAUCUAAAGAAGAAGAACCCAAAGAAGACUCAGAAGGAGAACCUGAAGAAGAAGAACCAGAAGAAGAAGACUCUGAAGAAGAGGAACACCUGGGAUACAAUUAGGAUAAAGUACAGGAAGACAGACAUAAGAGGUAGACAAAAAUUCAAAAUAAGAGUCUCUUCAAACUAAGAGUCCUUGGGGAAAACAUAAGAAUAACGUGACAUUACCCUGAUGUGUUUUGUAUUUGUGUGGGUAACACUCUACACGUGUCUAUUGGUCAUUGCCCUGGAAGGGCCAGUCUUAAUGAACUUUAAAUCAUCAUGUGGCCUUCUGUUGUUAUAGCAUGUAACAAAACAUUUUAAAGUGAAAAGCAGAUUUUUGUAGUUCCAGAAGGGGGUAUAUACAUCUAAUAAUAUGAACAGAUGUUAACUAAAAUAUACAGUCAUCAAAAUGACACACUGUGAUGCCUGAAACAUGGAAACCACAGCUGCUAGAAUUUAACAGGAAAAAAAGAAAAAAGGUGUACAGUGUAUAAUAAAUAUCAGCUUUCUUGGGAUGGCACUUGUCUAAUCAAAUUAGAGUACCAGAAGUAACUUUUGUAUAAAUUUACUGUUCUACUAUGUUCUAUGUUCAAAUACUCUGUAUUUGAUUUCACUCAAUGAUAUAAGUCUUGUGAGACAAACCUUUGAAAUUUAUUUUCUAGUUGCAAAUAAUUGAUCACCUAAGCCUCUGGCAUGGGUUAAUCAAGUGACUCCCAAACCAGAAGAAAUGCAAAAUGACACUAGUAAUGCGGUCUCAUUUUCCUAAUCUUCUUGGAUGGAUUCAGGCCAUGAUUUUCAUUUAGUCGAAUAGAGAUAACAAGACUGUCAGCUUGGUUGCAGUUUCCCUUCAAUCUUAGCCUGGAGCUAAUAAUCAGCCUUCAACCCCAAAAAUCUUCAUCAAACAUUCAUUGUGCACUGAAAUAAUUUGGAUACUGAACUUCCAUUCAGUUUUGGGUAAUCCAGGAGCAUAAAAGCAAAUAUGAAUAAUUAGUAGCUUUUUCAAUCAGUCCAUUACCAUUUGACUUAAACUUGCCCAUGUAAUGCUAUUAGUAAUGAUGUGCAAAAUUGACACAAUUUGACCAAUUACUUUCCUGUGACAGAUGGGUUUGGCUCAGAUUCAGAGAAAGCAGAGUGUGACUAUUUAGAAAUUUGGCUGGACAAUCAAAAAACUUUGAGUUUCAGUUUUGGCAUAAUUACUGUGUUUUUGAAAAGUUUCAAAUGCUUCCUAUAAGACAGUGUUUCCCAACCCUGUUCCUGGAGG